UGCCGUUAGCCGCCGCUAUGUGCAGGGAAUAACGCCGGGGUCGUUGCCAGAGGGACACCGCGCGCUCCGCCCUCGCUCCCGCAUCCCGCGGGAUGCCGGCUCGCUGAGCACCCGCUAGCGACGGCCCCUCCCCGACACGGCGAGCCUCCUCGGAGGGGAUGACGUAGCUUUGCCAAGGAUUUAUCAGCUAAGCAGAAAAUGAGCUUAACAUCCUGGUUUUUGGUGAGCAGUGGAGGCACCCGACAUAGGCUGCCACGAGAAAUGAUUUUUGUUGGAAGAGAUGACUGUGAGCUGAUGUUACAGUCACGGAGUGUGGACAAGCAACAUGCUGUACUCAACUAUGAUGCCUCUACAGAUGAGCACUUGGUGAAGGAUUUGGGCAGCUUGAAUGGGACAUUUGUGAAUGAUGUGAGGAUUCCAGAACAGACAUACAUCACUUUGAAGUUAGAAGAUAAAUUGAGAUUUGGAUAUGAUACUAAUCUUUUUACUGUGGUCAGGGGAGAGAUGAGAGUCCCUGAAGAAGCACUUAAGCAUGAAAAAUUCACAAGCCAGCUCCAGUUAUCCCAAAAAUCUUCAGAGGCAGAAGGAUCGAAACAAAGCAGCUCCAAAAGUUCAGAGUCCAAGGUAACAGACUCCACAGCUGAAGUGCACCACAAAACUACAGAAGCACUGAAAUCUGAAGAAAAAUCAGUGGAUAUUUCUGCCAUGCCUCGUGGGACACCGUUGUAUGGACAGCCAGCCUGGUGGGGUGAAGAUGAAGCUGAUGAAAAAGGUGGUUGUAAGCCAGAUGGCAAGCACGAAGAAAAAAUGCCUGAGACAGGGGCUUCAGGAUGCAGCACAGAUGCCAAGCAAUCUGAGGAGCGAUCUGCAUCUGCAAGUGAAGAACUUUAUCCUUUUUGUAGGGAGCCCAGUUAUUUUGAAAUCCCUACUAAAGAAUGCCAGCAAGCUUCACAGAUAGCAGAGAGCACUAUUCAUGAAAUUCCCACAAAAGAUACCCAAAGCUCUCACACAGCAGCUUCAGGGCACGCUUCCUUUACCAUUGAAUUUGAUGACAACACUCCAGGAAAAGUAAAGAUCAAAGAUCAUGUGACAAAAUUCACAUCGGAACAGCGUCACAAGUCAAAGAAACCUUCUUCCUCCAGUGGUCAGGACCUGCCGGGGCUUCAGACAGUGAUGAUGGCUGCGGAGAGCAAAGUAGCAGAUUGGCUUGCACAGAAUAAUCCUCCAAGAAUGAUAUGGGAGCCAACGGAGGAGGAUUCCAAAAGUAUUAAGAGUGACGUUCCAGUGUACUUGAAGAGACUGAAAGGGAAUAAGCAUGAUGAUGGCACACAAAGUGAUUCAGAAAAUAUUGGUGCACACCGGCAUUACAGUAAACGGGCAGCACUUGAAGAGCACUUAAGGCAUCAUCAUGCAGAGCUGAAAAAGUCACACCAGAAAGUUCAUUCAACAGAAAAGCAGCAAGAUCAAGCUGGUAUGAGUCAGACUGCCUUUAUGAUUGAGUUUUUUGAUGAAGACCAUCCUCGCAAGAGACGUUCUUACUCUUUUUCUCAGAAUGUAGGAGCUCUAUGCCCAGAUUCUCCAUCUCCCACAUCUCACACACGAGCUGAAAGAGUGAAACCUGCAUCAGGAGAGAAAGUCCCUUCACCUGUGCAAGCUGGCUCAUCAUAUCACAGAGCAGUACAUGGUGUUCAUGCCAAACUUCUAAACCAGAAAUCAGAAGAACCCUCUGCUGCAUUACCUGCCUUACAAGCUGCAUUGUUAAGGAGUUCAGGAAGCCUUGGCCAUAGGCCUAAUCAGAACCAGGAGAUGGACAAAAAGUUGAAGAGCCAACACAUUUCUGCUGCUAGUGAAAAGGACAAUGAGGAUGACCAGAGUGACAAAGGUACUUACACUAUUGAGUUGGAAAAUCCCAAUCCUGAAGAAAUGGAAGCCCGUAAAAUGAUUGACAAGGAAGGUUCUAGUAACCCUGGAAGUAAACGUUGGGUAUCGCAGUGGGCCAGUUUGGCUGCUAAUCACACACGUCAUGACCAAGAUGACAUGAGAUUGGAGUCCUCUGGGCCUGCUCCAUUAGAAAAUGACACUGACAUCAGUGAGUCUGGUAUUUCUGUUAGAAGCGCUGGUUCAGCUGCUUCUAUGACUAGCCAAGGUGAGCGAAAGAGGAGGACACUUCCACAGCUUCCCAUAGAGGAGAAAGUGAAUGAAAACUUAAAACCAAAAACUGUAUCUCAUCAGAGGUCAGAAAUAGGUGAAAAGCAAGACACUGAACUUCAGGAGAAAGAAACUCCAGCUCGUGCCUCAGAUGCUAAGUCAAGCAGAACAAUGAAUGGUCUUUCACCCAAAGCUACUGGAGACAAAGUUUUCUCUUUUCCCAGCUCUUCUAGUAAAGAGAGAGUAGAAACUGGCCGAGAAACUUCUGUGGUGAAACAAGCUUUAGCAAAAAUUCAACAACAGGAAAGAAAGGAGCAAGGUCACUGGACACCCUCAAAAUUAUCCUCUACAAAAUCUGCUGCAAACCAGGUUGAGAAAGGUAGGGAGGAGAUUGCUGUGUCACCCAAAACUUUGGAUAAUCAAGACAAUGUUCCUGGACAUGUUACAGAUAAAGCAGAAAUUAAGUUGGCACAGAUUGAGGGAAAAAGAAGAAAAAAUGAGGAAAUCAUUAGAGGCCAAAGUCCUAAAGUACUUGGAGGAGAAAAAAAGGAGUCUUCAAAACCAUUAGUGAGGCAAGGUAGCUUUACUAUAGAUAAGCCUAGCACAAAUAUACCUAUAGAACUUAUUCCUCACAUCAAUAAGCAGAGUGGUUCUGCUGCCCCUUUAGUAUCUGCAAGCAGGUUACGUGACAGAAGUGAUUCAAUGGACACUGAUUCCAGUAUAGAUACAACACUCAUUUUAAAAGACACAGAAGCUGUAAUGGCUUUCCUUGAAGCUAAAUUGCGUGAAGAAAAUAAAACUGAUGAAGGUCCUGACACUCCUAGUUAUAACAGAGAUAAUUCCAUAUCACCAGAAUCAGAUGUUGAUACAGCCAGCACAAUCAGUCUUGUUACUGGUGACACUGAAAGAAAAUCCACACAGAAGCGGAAGAGCUUUACAAACUUAUAUAAAGACAGAUGUUCCACUGGUUCCCCUUCAAAGGAUGUUUUAAAAUCUUCUACAAGUGCAAGAGAAAAAAUGGAAAAGAAAACUAAGAGUCGAUCUUCAGAUGGUGGGUCUAGAGCUGACACUCGCAAAGCUGUGCAAUCCAGUGGAAGAAUGAGACAACCAUCAGUAGAUUUAACAGAUGAUGACCAAACAUCCAGUGUACCUCAUUCUGCCAUUUCUGAUAUCCUGUCAUCUGACCAGGAAACCUACUCUGGCAAAUCACACGGAAGAGUUCCUUUUGCCUCAGCAGAUGAACUUGUACAUUCCAAGAUGGAAGGAAAGUCAGCUAAAUCAAAAUCCUCUCCUGUUGGACUUGGGCAGUCUAGUAAAUCUACCACUCUUCCAAGACCUCGUCCCACAAGGACUUCUCUCUUACGCAGAGCACGCCUUGGUGAAGUCUCAGAUAGUGAGCUUGCUGAUGCCGAUAAGGCUUCAGUAGCUUCUGAAGUGUCCACUACAAGUUCUACGUCAAAACCUCCAUCAGGGAGGAGAAAUAUUUCCAGAAUAGACUUACUCGCUCAACCCCGCAGAAAUCGACUUGGCUCUUUAUCAGCACGUAGCGAUUCUGAAGCAACAAUAACCAGAAGCACUGCCUCCUCACGCACCCCAGAAGCUAUUAUCAGAAGUGGUUCAAGGUUGCUCUCAGGAGGAGAUAGCACUAAAGUUUCUGCUAGAACUCGAGCCAAUAGCAUUUCUCGACUUUCGGAUUCAAAAUCCAAAUCCUUGGCUUCGGCUCAUAAUUCUCCCUCAGUAAGUGCAAGAUGGAGGCGCUUUCCUACAGAUUAUGCUUCCACCUCAGAAGAUGAAUUCGGAUCAAACCGUAAUUCCCCUAAACAUACCCGUCUACGUACCUCUCCAGCCCUGAAAACCACGCGACUGCAGAGCGCUGGGACAGCAGCUCAAAGCAGCAACACAUUCAAGCACAGGAUAAAGGAGCAGGAAGACUACAUUCGUGACUGGACUGCCCACCGGGAAGAGAUAGCAAGGAUCAGUCAAGAUCUGGCUCUCAUCGCACGGGAAAUCAACGAUGUAGCAGGAGAGAUAGAUUCAGUGACUUCAUCAGGCACUGCCCCCAGUACCACAGUAAGCACUGCUGCCACCACCCCUGGCUCUGCCAUAGACACUAGAGAAGAGUUGGUGGACCGAGUAUUUGAUGAAAGUCUCAAUUUUAGAAAAAUCCCUCCAAUAGUGCAUGCGAAACCCCCGGAAGGGAAUGGUCGGCCUAGUGAUGCCAGACCUCAGCUGACAGAGGCUCUCGAUCCCCCAACAAUUACCCGCAGAAGGACUUGGAGCAGAGAUGAAGUUAUGGGGGACAGUUUGCUGUUGUCCUCAGUCUUCCAGUUUUCUCGCAAGAUAAGACAAUCCAUAGACAAAACAGCUGGCAAAAUCAGAAUAUUAUUUAAGGACAAAGACAGAAAUUGGGAAGAAAUCGAAAACAAGUUACGAGCUGAAAGUGAAGUUCCCAUUGUGAAAACAUCAAGCAUGGAAAUAUCAUCAAUUUUACAGGAACUGAAACGAGUUGAGAAGCAGCUGCAAGCAAUUAAUGCCAUGAUUGACCCUGACGGUACCCUGGAUGCUCUGAGCAACUUGGGAUUUGCUAGCCCCAUCUUACCAGCUCAGCCGAAGCCGAAGUCCAGCCCUGUUUCCCAGGGCCCUCGCCCACCAGCGCAGCCAAACUGCCAGCCCGAGGCUCGGGCUGCACGUCCUGCCACCGGCCCUGUGGCAGCUGAAUUGGAAAAUGCUGAAUCCGAGGCAGAUUUCAGCAUACAUUUCAAUAGGUUUAACCCAGAUGGGGAAGAAGAAGAUGCCACCCUUCGUGAGUGACAUCUCAGUGUUUGAUACAAAAACCUUUCAUGUGGAAUGUUUAGAAAUCAAGGAAAACUUAUAAUGUUUGUUUUUAUAAUUAUAAAAAAAAAAAAAAAGGCUUGGUCAAGCAGCUGUUGUUUUAUUAAACAGUUUUCUUUAAUUGUGAUGCUUUGAUUGUCACACAAAUCCUUUUCAAAUCAUAAAGAUAUGCAUAGAUACCAGUGUAGGAAAGCAGAUUGUGGCAGGUUUGCCCUUUGUGGUUGUGUGCUUUGCAAAAGAGUUAUUAUAUCAGCAGUUUUCCCUUAAUAGAUUUAUUUCUUUUUAAAAGCCAUGCAAGCAGUCUAACAUUUACUGAAAGCCCCAAAUCUCUUUGCCAAGCUGCUCUGAUGAACAGACUUCCUCCUCUAAAGGUAGUACAGAACUGUUGGACAGUUAUGUUUGAUUCUGAAUUAGAUGAUUUAUAUAGGAAGCACUAUCUUUGACUACAAUGACACAUUACUGCAAAAGUAAGAUAGAUUUCAGAAAGCAUUCAUUCUCAUGUACUGGAAAAUCUCAAACAGUUCUGUGGUUUAUGUAACUUUGUUGCUGCGUAAAUUGUCUUGGGGUUUACAAAUAAGUUCACAUAUUAUGUUUGCACUAAGGUUUGCUGGAAGUGGUAGGUGAACAUACCGAUAUUGUUGAACAGCAAGCAGUGUUUUGGUGUACAUAGAAAACUGAUAAUACUGUCCUUGUAUUAUCAUUACAGUGUUUUAAUCCACUUCCUGAAAAGAUUAUUCGGCACUUUUUGAUCUUCAAAAGUCUUUUUGAUGUUAAUGAAAGUAGAAAUAUUUCAUAUCUCAUUUCUGUCCAAAUCUUUGUUGAAACUAACUAGGAAACAAAUUUGAGCAUAUAGCAAUGUGGGACAUAUUAAACCAUAUUGAGGCAAAUGGGCUCUCACCAAUCCAAAUGCAGCGUAAUCUUACAGAAGAAAUUACUGUUUAUUUGGAAUGAUCAUGAGAUGUAAAAUUUUCUUUAGGGAACUUGGAAAUAGAGUUGUCAUGAUUUGCUUGAUUGAUAGAUGCACUCCCAAGCAAAUGAUUUUAUUUGCUUCUGUAUAUUUUCCUGUAGUCUUGCUAGUAAUGCUGUCCCUGUCUUACAUAUUUAAAAAGGACGACUGCUAACAUGGACAUUUUGCUUAUACCACUGAAAAGCAAGUCUAUUUGAAGUUUCCUAUAUAAGCCUAUUUUCUUUAUCAGUUGUCCCAGUAACUUAACAUUUGGAAAUAAUAAAAAAAAUUAAAGUAAAUUACUUUGUAUUUCCAGAACACUGUAAUUUGGAGGAAUGUUUUUUCUGUUAAAUGUAACUAAUAGACUGGAAUUUUCUUAUGUUUGCAUCACUCUCUAUAUAUUAAGGUUAAAGAUACAGUUUUGCAGCUUUUAUGAAAUGGUCUUUAAUAUUUCAGCAAUAAUUCUAUAUGAGAUUUGUUUUUAAAAAACCUACUUUCUGUACGCUUUUGAAUUGUACAGGCUUUCAGAAAUCAGUAAAAGUUGGACCAGUUAAUAAAGAUGCAAAAACUUUUUUUGUAGAGAUGUAAAAACAAAACCACUAAUCUGUUGUAUAAUGGAUUUCAUAUUUUCUUUAAAAAAUUUUAAAAGCAAACAGUCUGUAUGUAUGACUCAAUAUGCUCUACUCCAGCUAACUGUGGGAGCCUGAAUGACACUGGUUUACAGAGGCUACAGGAAAACUUUUUGAAGGUGCAGAAGGGCAAAAAUAAAUGGAAACUAGAGCUAGGUGUGGAAAACUGAGUGUACCAAACCAUCACCAUAAUUCCUUUUUUUGUUUAAUUCUUGGGAACAUAAUUUUUCUGCAGAUUCAAGUGGAAGGUAGGAAACGGCUAGGAAGGAUUAAAGGUGCAGGCUCUUCAUACGAGAUUCUGUUUGUGUUAUUUCAGGCAUUUUUACCCUUAUGUUGUGAAAUAAGCAUUUUGCAUUACUAUGUUAUUAUUUUGUAUGGACAUGUUCUCUUUAUUUAUUUUUGUUACAUUUAUUAUGUAUGUUAUUUUGUUAUAUGCAUUUACAACUCCAUUUUUAAAUAAAGUGUUUCUGGAACU